GUGGGGAGGGAGCUAGGGGGAUGAUAGGAAAGGAAAGUGUUAAUGGGGAAGGAAGGGCUCCUGGAGGAUGGUGAGGAAACCAGUGGGAAAGACCUGGUAGCUGGAGGAGGCACUAAAGGAAACUGGAAAGAACACCGGGAUAUGAGGAGAACAGGGAAGCUGAGGAUAAUGGAAGAAAAGGGCGGGGGUGUCUGGCGAUGUGGGGGAGGGGAGGUUGGGAUGACUGGAAGACGACAGGGAUAGCGUCAUAUACAGGGAGGAAUAUUUCUGGCGGAAAGGGGUCAGUGAAUAUUAGUUUCUUUUCCCUUAGUGGAAGAGGGAAAAUGGAGGGCUGUCGGGGUGGAGCUUGGAGUUGUGGGAGAAGGAAGAAGGAGAAAACUGCAAAGCUCUCAGGAGAUCAAGAAGGGCCAGAAACGGGGAGUGAAAACAGCAAGAGAAUAGGAAGGGGGGUAGGUACAAGACGGGAACUGAAGAAGCUUGAGAAUGCGGCAGUGAUGGAGGAUGGGCGCGAUCCAGGGAUAAGAGGAGCCCCCGAGACCACGGGGGCUUGUUCUCCAUGAGCUUGAGUUGUUUUUUCUUUGGAGGAGAAGCUAAGGUUUUUUUCUCCACCUUUGGAUGGAAUUGUUUUUCUCUUGCCCUCUCAGUUCUUUACCUUGAUAGAGCUGACGUGGGCAGUGAAAACUAUGAGGGAAGAUGAAGGACUCCCAUUCUUAAGCUCUUCAACCUCCUUCCUAUCUGUCCUCACAAGCCCAGAUCCACGAGCUUUUGGAUUGAGGACAGGACUAAUUAAGUGAGAGUGGUUCCCUGCUAGGGCUAUUUCAGGUUUGGCAGAGUGGCUAUCUAAAGCAUGGGGUUGGGGGUUGAGGGAGGUUGGGUGGGGGCAGGAGGGCUGGCAAGCCAGCUGAAACCUGUGUGUGUUUCUUGCGAAGGGCCUCCCUUACUUGAGCUUUCUCUGUGCCUGAGAUUCUGCCUGGCUCUUCCCUCUGCCAGGGCUUCUUGAACAGGAAGCAGAUGGUCUCCCCAAACCCAGCAGGUACUUGCCAGAGAAGGCAGUGCCAGCCGAAGGAGGAUUUGCCUGACAGAGCCUUUGAAUGUACUCACUAUCACUAGGUAGCAGAGGCAGCAGGCCGUGCCGGGGGGGCAUGUUGCUGUAACCAGUGGCCCGGGGGAUGUUACGGUGGACAGUGCACCUGGAGGGCGGGCCCCGCAGGGUGAACCAUGCGGCAGUGGCUGUUGGGCACCGGGUGUACUCCUUCGGGGGUUACUGCUCCGGUGAAGACUAUGAGACGCUGCGUCAGAUAGAUGUGCACAUCUUCAACGCAGUGUCCUUGCGUUGGACAAAGCUGCCCCCGGUGAGGCCCGCCAGCCGCGGGCAGGCUCCCGUGGUACCCUACAUGCGGUAUGGACACUCAACCGUCCUCAUCGAUGACACAGUCUUCCUUUGGGGCGGGCGGAAUGACACCGAAGGGGCCUGCAACGUGCUGUAUGCCUUUGACGUCAGUACUCACAAAUGGUCCACACCCCGAGUGUCAGGAACAGUUCCUGGGGCCCGGGAUGGACAUUCAGCUUGUGUCCUGGGCAAGACCAUGUACAUCUUUGGGGGCUACGAGCAGCUGGCGGACUGCUUUUCCAAUGACAUUCACAAGCUGGAUACCAGCACCAUGACAUGGACCCUGAUCUGUACCAAGGGCAACCCUGCACGCUGGAGGGACUUCCACUCGGCCACAAUGCUGGGCAGUCACAUGUAUGUCUUUGGGGGCCGUGCCGACCGUUUUGGGCCAUUCCAUUCCAACAACGAGAUUUACUGCAACCGCAUCCGCGUCUUUGACACGAGGACUGAGGCCUGGCUGGACUGUCCACCCACCCCAGUGCUGCCUGAGGGGCGCCGGAGCCACUCAGCCUUUGGCUACAAUGGGGAGCUGUACAUUUUUGGUGGCUAUAAUGCAAGGCUGAACCGGCACUUCCAUGACCUCUGGAAGUUUAACCCUGUGUCAUUUACGUGGAAAAAGAUUGAACCGAAGGGGAAGGGGCCGUGUCCCCGCCGGCGCCAGUGCUGUUGUAUUGUUGGUGACAAGAUUGUCCUGUUUGGGGGUACCAGUCCGUCUCCUGAGGAGGGCCUGGGAGAUGAAUUUGACCUCAUAGAUCAUUCUGACUUACACAUUUUGGACUUCAGCACAUCUCAAAUGUCAUUUGAAGAACUGUUGGAAUUGCAGAGCCAAGUGGGGACUAAGACAUACAAACAGUUGGUAACUGGAACCAGCACUAAGAAGCAGAAUUCUCAAGCACCUGUCCAAAAAGCAUGUGUUGCAGAUAAGCGCAGGCCUAUGGAAAUGUCAGCCAAGGUCCGGGUGCCAUUUUUGCGUCAAGUUGUCCCCAUCAGUAAGAAGGUAGCCCGGGACCCCCGCUUUGACGAUCUGUCAGGGGAGUAUAAUCCUGAGGUGUUUGAUAAAACGUACCAAUUCCUGAAUGACAUCCGAGCCAGAGAGAAAGAGCUUGUGAAAAAGCAGCUGAAGAAGCGCCGUUCAGGGGAGGAGCAUGAGAGACUGCAGCAGCUGCUUCAGCGCAUGGAGCAGCAGGAAAUGGCACAGCAGGAACGGAAGCGGCAGCAGGAGCUGCGCCUGGCCCUGAAGCAGGAGCGGCGGGCUCAGGCCCAGCGGGGCCAUCGGCCAUACUUCCUGAAGAAAUCUGAGCAGCGUCAGUUGGUCCUAGCUGAGAAGUUCAAGGAGCUGAAACGCAGCAAGAAGCUAGAGAGCUUCUUGAGUCGAAAGAGGCGCCGAAAUGCAGGCAAGGACAGAAGACAUCUCCCUUUGAGCAAAGAGCAGUAAGGAACUGUCCUCAGCUCUGCCACUGCCACAGAGAGAAAUGCGUCUGUGGGGACACAUUUGGGCUUGGCCUGUUCUGGUUCUUUCCCAUUUAAGGACAAGGGUCACAGCUGUCUUGGAACUAGACUGGCUCAGAGUUGACUGGAGGGCUCUUGGACUGCCCAAGGGCUGGACAAGAAGAGCAGCUCCGCCUUCUGCCAUGCCACACUUCCUCUGCUUGCAUCUGGGUCAUCAUGUCCUCAUGUCCUCUGUCCUCCGUCCUCCUCCUAUCCUUGCAGACCAGUGAGUGACCUUGAGAGCAGUUGAAGGCCGUAGAGUCUGUGAGUGGCUCCCAGGACUGGGACUUUAUGUAGAAGCCAGUUCAUAAACACUUCUGUCACUCAUGUUUUUAUUCUGCUUCUUUUGUGGGUGGCCUAGAACUGCCGUUUCGGGGGCCAUAUGUGAGGUGGGCAAUAAACCCGAGGCUCUUACAAAGUGCGAAGUCAGAUCAGGGCCCUUCCUACUUAAACCCAGCAGAUGACACAGUCAUUCAAAGAGGGAACCAAUCCCACAACUCAUCUACUUAGCUUUGGUUUUGGAUGCAAGGGGUGGUAGGAGGUGAGGACAAAAACUUCCCUGAUAAUGUAAGCAUGGCUGGCUCUCAGUACUGUUUGGGUAGAGAAUUCAUACUGCCUGUGUGGACUGGAAAAUCUUCAAGGUGACAGUUCAGUUUAAAGUGAUCUCAGGUUGGUAGUGCCUCCAGGCACUUGGCAGAAGCAAAUGCAUUCUUCUCUU